GCCAGUACAAAGAACGAGGCCCAGAGUUUCUAGCAGCAGGGCAGAGAACAGUCUCAAGACUAAACGGACUAAGGAAAUAAGAAAAAAAUAUCCUGAAUCCCAAGAAAAACACUUCUUUGUGCCAAAAUGCCAUCCAGGAAAAAAAUGUUGAUGUUUGCAGCUGCUUUUUUUACUAGUAUUUGGUCUUUUGUGAUAGCCUGCCUCGUUCUUGCAACCAAAAACUGGGCAUCAAGUGAGGUUACCUUUACCCAAGCAAAUUCAAGCUCUGUUACCGUAACCAUCGCAUAUGGAAUUUUUGAAGGUGUGUGUUCACAGAUUAUAACUGGUGGAGUUCAGAUGCCAGAAACAACUUUCCAAGUUUUAGAUAAAUUGGAUAACAUGGAAACAAAAAGUAUAAACGUUGUGAUCAUCUUGCUCCUGAUUCUCAGUUUGUUCAGCUCCCUUCUGAGUUCUGGAUUUACGUGUAGUAACACUGUAUGUAAUCCCUAUCAGACUUUUUUGGGGCCUAUUGGAAUCUACACCUGGAAUUCCCUAAAUGGCAUCUUCAUUCUUCUAGCCAUGAUAUUAUUUGCAGCGAAUAUAGAGGCAAACAAGCUGUCAGUAAAGUUGGCUUCAAAAUGUACAUUUUCUACAAAUCAAUAUGAAAAGUCCACCAGUAAUUAUGGCUACUCAUACUGGAUCAUGCUGCUUAUCCUUCUUUUGAAUGUUGCCACUGUCAUCAUUAUAUUUUUCUAUCACCGUGCAAGAUACUCGGAGAAGAAAGAACAGGAAAGACCCAUAGAAAAUGCGCCAAAAGAUGGUAUUUUGUUUUAAGGAUGCCAACUCUUUUAAGUUAAAUAUGAUGUGGAAGAAAAUGUAAUUUGGACAGUAAGAACUGAUCAUUUAAACACUAAAAUUGCACUAUUCUUUGGUUCAUUGUACUGAACAACUGAUGUCUUUAAUACUCAUUGAUUGAAGGCAGCAAGUUAAUGUAGCAAAAUAGUGAUCCCAAGGUACUUCAGUCGUCUGUGGAUCCUUUAAGGAUGAACUUUGUAUAGCUCUCUUCUGCUCCCUCAAAGCAGUCCCUUACAGAGACGUGGUCAGCAAAACAUGUAACAAACACAGGGACUCAGAUUUAGGGCAGGGGCUUCCAGGAAACUUUAUUCCAAGUCUAUACCAUCUUGCAUCCAAAUAAACCCUACUGCAACACACUGCACACCCUCCACAGAAGCUCUUCUGACUUAACAAUGGGGAAUGAAUUUGCCCUUAUCUAGCACAAGUAUCAGAGAGGCAUAAAAAAGACAAAAGGUAGGGCAGGUGGCUCCUUAGAGACUCACUGGUUCAGAGAGGCAAAGGUUUUGUAGGCAACAGCCUACCUGGUCAGAUGCUAUGAAUGGAUGUGGAGAAAGGAGACAUAAAAAUAUUAAAAUGCUAUUUCUACAUUUUGACCACAGGCUUAGUUAGAAACAACUGUUUCUAUUGUUCCUGGGCCAUUGUUUUGGAUGACAGUAAUUCUUAAUCUGAAAGCUCAAAUAGUCAAGAAAACCUAAGAUUUCCUGUGAUACAGAAGAAAAGGUUCUGGGGCCUCAGUGCUUUGUUCUCCACUGUAGUCAUUGCUAUUUUCCCUUCUUGUCUUGUAUUUCAUUUACUCUCCUCUUCAUAAAGUAAGCACUUUUACAGUGCUGCUCAUUGCCUAAAAGUUGUUUUUGAUAACUUUAUGCUGGACUAUGGGCUCACUUCUUGUUUACUAUUCACUGCAUGAACCUAGUUACUAUGUAAGAUGUUGCCAGUUUCAUAUAAAUCCGCCCACAGCAUAGGGUCAGACAGGCCCAUUCUGCUGCAGCUGCUAUCUCCUAUCUAGAAUGACUUCAUACACAUUUUUAGUUUGCACAAUGACAAUAUGCUAAAGGGAUGUAAUGCAAUUGUAAACAAGAAGGGAGAUGACAUGCAAAUAUAAAUGAGAAGGCAAGUCUCUGCUCACAGACAGAAGAGCAGCUCCCUGUUGUAACUCAGAGCACUUUGCAGGAACUGUUCCAAAUUACAACGAUCUCCCAGACCAAAAAGAAGUUCACUGUUGAUUCCAGGGGGGAGAGGAAUCUAGCUACUGGUUUCAGCCUGCUGCUGGUUUCCCCUAGCAAUGACCCCUCCUCCAUCCUAGCCCUUGCUGUUUUCAGAAUGGGAAGGGGGAAAGGGAACAAAGGAAACUGUUUUUUGGUGUUCCACAGCUGGCUCCAAUUCACCCACCCCAACCUCCAGCUGGGGCUGAAAAAACCCCAGACCAAACUCCCUCCACUCUUUCCCCCCUCCUAUUCUGAAACCAGUGACAGGCUAGGAAGCAGCUUAGACAGAAGUUACAAAAGAGGCUCUGUUUUGAAAUGUCUUCAGGGUUCAGAUUUUUGUGGGAUAGAGCCCUUUUAAAGCACUUUGCAGACAUGCAUUUCUGUUUGGUCACAGUUGUAGAGAGUUUUCAGGGGCCAGAUCAAGAGAAAACUGUCACUUCUGUCUCAUGUGUGUCAACUAUUCAUUUCUUGGUCAUGUGAUGAAAAAGUAUGAGAAUCCCUAUUUUAGACUAUUAAUAGGCUUGAUUACUGCAAUUAGCAGAAGUAGAAAGUGCACUUAGCACAGGUGUGGCUUUCCUGCUCCUUGAAAGUUAAAUCACCUUUUCACCAAGGGAGAUACAUGUAAUACUGUGGAGUCAAAGCUCUCAUUAUUUGGAAUUAAAUAAAAAUACAAUACUUUAAACUUAAAGAAAACAGACUCCUGGCUUUCUAGCUUCCUUCUUCUAAUCUUUACUGCUACCCUGACAGAUUCUUUCUCUUUUAAAAUAGUUAAUUUUCAGCAUAAGUACUAACCUGACCUUCCUCUGGGUAAGAAGGCAAAACAUAUAACUCUAAGGUUAUGCUUAAUGCUAAUACCACAGGGAAUGGAUAUUCACAGACACAACAACAAGCAUCAUCCACUCUCUUGCUCCCACUGCUGAAUGCCUUUCUUAAUUUGUAAGAGACAAGGAUUUCUGUGAGCAAAUAUAUUUCUUUAAUUGAGCAAACUGCACACUUGGGAUAGAUUUAGACAAGCUUUCUGGUACAUAGUACCCUUCUCCAUGUCUACAACAUCAUUUCAACAUUUGCUAACUGUAUCAUGUGACCUCUGUUUACCACAGUUUUCCUGAGCCAGGCUCAAUAUGUAUUCAUUCAAUGACAUGGGACAGUGCUGCUAAAUGUGUGGCCAUGUGGGCUAGAUGAGUGGUGCAGGGCCAGUCCCUGGCUAGUCCAGCUGUGCUGGCCCAACUCUGCAUAGCAGUCCACAUCAUCCAGCCUUCAGGGCUCCCCACAGAUCCAGAAAUUUGACAGCAGGGGAUCUGCAAUUAAUGCUGGCACUGCUUCCUGAAUGCUGGAUUUUUGGACUGCUGGGAAAACCCACAGGUUGGAUCUGGAAUGCAGGUCAGAGGUUGAGCACCCCCAGCAUGGGCAAUUGAACAUGAAAUAAAAAGGGAUUCUAAAGAAGAACAUCUUUGUGGAUACUAGAGUUUUUCCUGCAAUAUGAUUUCUCAAAAAAAAAUAAAACAACACACAAAAAAACCCCUAACAACUUCAGAAGCUGUCGGUUGUGCCAAUGUAACUUUCAGGCUAAAAUAUCCACUGUGCUUUAUCAGAAGAAAGUAUAAGCUCACUGCAGAAGUCUGGUAGUAGAGCAGUGUAUAUGGAGUAGAUCAGCACAAAGUUAGUGUCACACAAGAAAAAGUUUAGUUUCUUUCUGUAUGAAGAGACUGAAGAUGUGCAUCAAGCAAGAUGACCAUAGCCAGUCUUCACUUUCUGACAAGAACCCUGACAUAACUAUUUUUCACCACAGCAAACAUUUCAGCUGAAAUGUCAGAUAUUUGGGGCCCACAAGCUGAACUGGCACAAAGCCAAAACAUUUGCCAGUUUUGUUUUGGCUGCAAAAAAGUCAUACAGCUUCAGCAUGCAACUGUCACUCCUCUGCUAAAGCCAACAUGCAUCACACAGCACAAUUAAAUCUGCUUCAGGCAUUUUGUAUAACAGCAUAAAGUCAUUGCAACAGAUGAGCAGAGGACCUGUACCUCCUUCUUGGAACAUAAAUGACUGACCAUGACUUUGAUAUUUGUACUGCAGUAAAGGACCAUUAAUAGGGAAACUUAAGUAGAGUCAGGGGUUUACUUUCAAUAUACAUCCUCAGUUCAAUGUGCUUAUUGAAGCUUUGGAGUCUGUAAAAAUUAGUCUGGAAAUCUCUCAAGAUCUGAAGCUUUUCUUA